AAAAGCAACCGGAAGAAUAUAAAAAGAAAAGAAAAGAAAGAAAACAGUUCAUACACUUCAUAUUUAUUAUCUCUCUUCGACAAGUCUCUUGUCGAAAGCUUAGCCCUUCGUUACAACUCAACUUCUUGGCUUUUGAUCCCACACCAAGAGGUAUAGUAGAAUUUGAAGGACUAUGGAUGGCACAAGUAAAUCUACUGAAGUCUACCCAUCUGAAAGAUCAAACUAUAUUUUUGAAGAUCCUGAACUGUUUCCUCGAGUUGGCACUGAAUACCAGGCAGAAAUCCCUCCUCUUCUGGACAUGUGUGGCUAUGGGCAGCUUGCAAGUGAAUCAUACAAUAUAAGCAUUAAACAUGACAUUUCAAAUUCUUACCCGAUGGAUUUACCUAUUCCAGUCAUGUGGAUAUAUGAUAAGAGUGAGGAAAAAAGAGGUGAGCUUAAGGAAGCUUGUGGUAAUGGGAGUGGCUCUUUAAGAUUUGAAAACAACAAGAAGGGGAGAAUUACUUCAGAUAGUGUCAAUGGAGGGACCAAAACCGUCUCUUUGCUUGAUUUUAUGGAGAAUGGGAAAAAAUCAGACGGGAUACAAUGUGUUCCAUCUGUGGUUUUGAGUGAAAUCAUUGGACAGAAAGCUCACACUGAUCAUUGGGAUGGCUGCUAUCUUGUUCCGGGCAUACCUAAUGAAGAUUGGAAUGGCAUUGAAUAUUCUAGCUUCCUCCUUGGCUUGUAUAUUUUUGGGAAAAACCUUUCUGUUGUUAGUAGGCUUAUAGGGAGUAAAAAUAUGGGAGACAUAUUGUCAUACUAUUAUGGGAAGUUUUACAGAUCUAGAGAUUAUCAGAGAUGGUCUGAUUGUCGCAAGGUAAAAGGGAGGCGGUGCAUAUAUGGUCAAAGAAUUUUCAUGGGCUGGAGGCAGCAGGAGCUCAUGUCCCGAUUGUCGUCCCGUGUCUCUGAGGAAUGUUAUCAUAUGUUGGCUGAGAUCUCUAAACUGUUUGGAGACGGAAAGAUGACGCUUGAAGAGUAUGUAUUCUCUUUGAAAGAGAAGGUCGGCAUCAACAACUUCGUUGAAGCUGUAGCCCUGGGCAAAGGAAAGAAGGAUCUGACUGGAACCGCUUUGGAGUCAACAAAAGCCAAUCCUUCUUUACCUGUCCGUUCUGAAGUUCCUAUAGGAAAAGCAUGCUCUUCUCUUACAACAACUGAAAUUGUCAAAUUAUUGACUGGCAAUUUCCGUCUAAGCAAAGCCCGAUCCAACGAUCUUUUCUGGGAAGCCAUUUGGCCUCGUCUUUUAGCACGGGGGUGGCAUUCAGAGCAGCCUAGUGAUGUCGUAUAUGCUGGUACAAAGCAAUCUUUAGUUUUUCUUGUGCCAGGUGUCAAGAAAUUUUCAAGAAGAUUAGAGAAAGGAAUCCACUUUUUCGAUUCAGUCGCUGAUGUUUUGCAGAAAGUUGCCUCAUCACCUUCUCUUCUUGAACUUGAAGUAAAUCCAGAUGACGGCAGAAGUCUGAACGGCAAAUGCUCGACAGAUCCUGAGAUCGGAGAGGAUCCAGAAGUUUCAUUGAAUCCUCGUCGCCAUUCUUACCUCCAGCCACGGAGCUCAACUCAAAAACAUAAUUACAUGACAUUCACAGUUGUAGAUACCAGCUUGUAUACCGGGGAAGGAAUAGUUAGAGUAAGGGAACUCAGGAGUUUGCCUAUUAUCCCUCUCAGUUUCACUCCAUGUGGUCCUCGUAGUGAAGAGAGUAGUUCAGAUAGUGUGGAAGGAGGGUCUGUUGAACCAUAUUAUGGUCAACCAAAUGAUGGUUUUGAUGUACUAAACAACCAACUGUCAAAUGGACCGGUUUCUGUGGUUAUGGAAGAAGUAAGCACUUUAGACACUCAAUUGCCCAAUAUUUCAUGUUCAAAGAACUAUAAAGAAGAACAAAGCAGUUGUGAUAAGAAUGCCAAUGUCUGCCAAGUGUCUAGCCAAACUAUGAAUGUUCAAUCUAGCCAUGAGGUGAAACUCCAUGAGAUGUCAAAUUUAUCAUCUAUUACCAACUACAAAGAGUCCAGCCAUAAUAGUCAAAGCACGGUGAUAGAUGAAUUAUUAAACCGAGGAGAAAUUGGUCAUUCAUCAUUUGUAGUUGGACUGUCUCAGAGCUCAUUGUCUGACAGUUCUGCUGCGUGCGACAGUGAAAAAAGUAGUGAAAGAAAUCCAAUUAAGAAUACUCAUGGGCCAGCCCAAUCAGUCGACAAUUCUAGUGUCAUUCCUGACAAACAGUUUAUUAAAAAUGUGUUGCAUAAAUGUGAUAAUAUUGUACCUGGUGCGAAACCUUCUCCGUCUGAAGGUGCCGCCAUUACAGCAAACCAGCCAGCCAUAGCAAGCAGGAGGCAAAGCACCAGAAACAGGCCAAGUGCAAAAGUGUUGGAGGCAUUUGCAUAUGGAUUCCUCGGUACAAGCAAUAAGAGAAAGGGUGGUAAUGGUUCAACAGCAACAGCUUCUAGGCGGGUGCGUAGGAAGAACAAAGAUUCGAUUCCUUUAGAAACUGUGGCUGUAGAUCAUAAUAAUUUUGUGUGUCACAUGGAAGCAAACAUGGACGGCACACAUAAUGAUAACAUGGAGAUGCUUGGUAAGUCAGAUAACUUUGUAGUUCAUGAGUUUCAGGUGAUGCAGUCAGAUAUGUUGGCCGAAUGAAAAUGGAGGUAACCUUUGAGUUAUUAUUCGGAUCUGUGAAGAUAUAAAUUGUAAGUUUUUUGUGUUUCUUUUCAUUUAAAGUUUAAAUAUCUGAAGCAGAAAGCAUACAGGUAUAGUUUUAUUCUCCUCUUUAGCUGUAAUAAAUUUAGAUUUAAUUCUACUUUAUUAGGGGUUUAUUCAAAGAAAGAUCAAGUAUCAAUAUGUAUUAGAAGAGUGUCAGCGUCAUUUUUGCAUUUGUCUAACUAGUAUUCCACUCGUGUGUUGCCGACGCAAAAAUAAUUUGAAUAGAAAAA